AUGAAAGGCCUCGCUCCGCACCGCAUCACUCCCUCGCUCGACCAGGCAAUACAGACAGAGGCCGCAUCGAGCGCGGUCAAGGUCACCCGCACACCCGCGCCGGAACCGUCGGCCUUCUUCGACCUGGUCGUCAUCGGAUCCGGCCCAGCAGCCCUCGCCCUCGUCUGCCGGAUCCUCGAAUCGCGACCCGCGGCGCUGUACACCGAAGAUGAGCACCGCCAUCUGCACUGGCUCAAUCGGUCCGCGCGCCGCCCGACGACGCCGCUCGUCCGGACGCGCAAGGACGGAUCGAGAUCGACGCGACACCGGCGCGCCGACCCGAAGAGCCUCGGAGACGGCGGCCAAGGAGCCUGCGACUGCGAUGGGAGGAUACGCAUCCUCGUCAUUGACAAGAUCGGCGAAGGGUGGAUGGCUCUCUGGCAUCGUCUCUUUGCCGCCUACGAGAUUCGACACCUCCGUUCGCCGCUGUUCUUCCACCCGGAUCCCUCGGACCUCGAUGCGCUCCUCGCAUUCGCCCAGAGGGAAGGCAAGUCGAGGCAGGGCAGCUCCGACUUCGUCUGGCAAAGUGUUCUGGCCGCCCACGACGAUGUCUGCUCGCCACAGCAGCGUUCCCAUCGUCCCAAGACGAGAGGUAGGACAAAGCGCCGUUCGUUCGAAGCAGUCUCGUCGAGCGAAACAGCGGCACCGCCGGACUUGGUCGAGAUCCCAGGCGUCGUGGGACGCGAGGUGUCGAAGCACAAGUGCAAAGCCCAGCGAAACGACCGUCACUACGCCCGCCUUCUCAAGAUCUACGGCCCUGCCGUCAACGAGCGCGAUCGCAAAGACUACUUCACGCCCAGCACCGACCUCUUCCGCGACUUUAUCCAGGACGGCGUCGUGAAGCGCUAUGGCCUUCGAGGUACCUGUGACGCAGGUAGAUGGCCAGAUGCGGUCGAUUGGACCGAGUCUCAUCAUGAAGACUCCGUCCGAAAUGAGGCGCCGGUCACCAUGCUCAAGGGAGAGGUGGUCCAUCUGGAAUGGCUUGAUGCAGUCCAUAAUGGCAUCGCCGGCGAGACGGCGGGAUUCCACCUGAGCCUUGCGGAUGGCACCACCUUUGGAGCCCGGGCGGUCGUGAGCGCCGUCGGGCCGGGAGGUCGACCCAACAUACCCUCCUUCCUCGAGGCAGCAAGGCCACAAGCUGAUGCAGCCGCGCGACCCGAGGCGCCUCAGCUGCCGCCCCCGCCGCCGUUCAGUGAGGGUUGGGCGCACUCAUCGGCCUUUGCGCAGCCCAGCUUCACCUUUCCGCCUGCUUACCUCUCGCACCGGAUCGCAGCAGGCCGACCAACAACGCUCCUGCUCAUCGGCGGCGGACUCACCUCUGCGCAGCUGGCGUCGCUUGCCCUGCAUCGGGGCGUGGAAAAGGUAAUCCUUCUCCUCCGUGGCCACCUCAAGGUGCGGCCGUUCGACAUCGGUCUCGAGUGGAUGGGCCGCUACAGCAACUUGGCCAAGAUGCACUUCUGGCAGACGGAAGACGGCGCUGAGAGACUGCGCAUGUUGAGGCAGGCGAGGAACGGCGGGAGCGUCACCCCGCCGUACGCCCGACUGCUGAGGGAGCUGGAGAAGAGGGGCAGGGUCGAGAUCAGGACGUUUGAAGAGUGCCGCGAGACGCAGUGGGAUGAAGAGGGAAAGCGGUGGACAGUCACGACAGAGUGGUGUGGCGAAGUUUCGAAGAGGACGAAGGCGAAGCAGGAAGAGAGAACCGCGAGGGAAGAAUGGGAGGCCAUGGCUGACGAGGACAAGAGGCGGUCAAAGGAGGAGUGGCUCCGCAUAAAGGCAGAGCAUCGCGACGUCCUCGAUUCGCCUUCCACUUCUUCCUCGUCUUCAUCGCAGGACGACGUAGCGCCACCCUCGUCGCCGACCAGCGCCCGUUUCGAUUCCGACACCACCACCAGCACCACCGCCACCGCUUCCUCGACGCCCGCAUCGCCCCGCCAAAGCACCUUCGAGGUCGACUACAUUCUCAGCGCCACGGGUCCCUCGCUCGACUUUUCCGCGCUACCCUUCAUGCGCGAGCUCACCUCAAGCCGGCCGAUCGCGCACCACGGCGGUCUGCCGGUCCUGACGCAGGAUCUGCAGUACGCCAGCGGCUUGCCCCUGUUUGUCGUGGGAGCCUACUCGGCUCUCCAGAUCGGUCCCGCCGCCUUCAACCUGGGCGGGAUGAGGGAGGCGGCGGACAGGGUCGUUACGGCGCUGCAAAGCUUGCUCUUGGCAGACGCACCUCCGGCCAGCGCUGCCACCACCUCCGCGAAAGAAGAAGAGGGCGGCGAGAGAGGGCGCGGACCAAAGCAGACUGAGCAACAAGAGGACGGAGCGGACGCAUCGUGGUCCAAGAGCUUUACUCACUUUGGCUUCGAGUCGCUCCGGGUCGAAGGUUGA